AUGAAGUCUUUCGCUGCUGCCGUCGCCCUCACCUUUGUGUCCGGUGCCACCGCCCGCACGUUCACCGUCUACAACAACUGCCCAUUCACGAUCUGGCCCGCGAUGUUCACCGACCUCAACGCCGGCUCGGCCGCACCUAACCAAGCUACUGGGUGGCAGCAGGACCGUUACCAGGCCGUCUCCUUCAACGUUCCCGACAACUGGACCGCCGGGCGCAUUUGGGGUCGUCGCGACUGCGACUUCAGCUCGAACCCGGGCCCCAACUCCUGCCUCGACGGCGGCUGCAACGGCGGCCUCGAGUGUGACCCGCACACCGGCACCGGCGUUCCCCCCGCCACGGUGGCUGAGUUCACGCUCUCCGCGGCCGGCGGCUCGGACUGGUACGAUGUCUCCCUCGUUGAUGGCUACAACCUCCCCAUGAGCAUCACGAACAACGUCGGCUGCAACGUCGCGGACUGCCCCGUCGAUCUCGGCCCGAACUGCCCGUCCGCGAUCCAGGGCCCGUACGACUCGUCCGGAUUCCCGGUCGGCUGCAAGACCGCGUGCAAGGCCGGUCUCGCGCCGGACCCGCGCAACGACCCGUACUGCUGCACUGGCUCGCACGACACCGCGGCGACGUGCCCGUCGUCGGGUGUGCUGUACUACAACUACUUCAAGGGCAACUGCCCGAACUCGUACGCGUACGCCUACGACGAGUCGUCCGGCACCGCGCUCUGGACGUGCUCCUCCGGCCUCAACGCCGACUACACCAUCACCUUCUGCCCGUGA